CACCAACUUCUCUCCAUCUUCGAAGGGCUUUCAGCUUCGAGUUUCUCGCUUUCGAUCGACGAUGUCCGGGCGUGGCAAGGGCGGCAAGGGUCUCGGCAAGGGCGGAGCGAAGCGCCAUCGCAAGGUCCUGCGUGACAACAUCCAGGGCAUCACCAAGCCGGCGAUCCGUCGUCUGGCUCGCCGAGGUGGAGUGAAGCGUAUCAGUGGAUUGAUCUAUGAGGAAACAAGGGGUGUUCUCAAGAUCUUUCUAGAGAAUGUGAUCCGUGAUGCUGUGACUUACACGGAGCAUGCUCGGAGGAAGACGGUGACGGCGAUGGAUGUUGUUUAUGCUCUCAAGCGUCAGGGAAGGACUCUCUAUGGUUUUGGCGGCUGAGUGUUUGUUGGGAUUAGGGUUUGCUUGUUUCUAGGGUUUGGUUGUCGUCUUUGUUCUUGUAAAUUGUGCUUGAAUUUGAAUGAAAUCGGUGGAUCACAUUGUGGAUUGUUCUCUUGAA